GAUGUUUAUAAAUUGAUGACAUACCUGAAAUUUUGUUAAAAAAAUAAUUUAAAAAUAAAAAAACGGCGUUAAAUAAGAAACAAGGCUAAAUAUUUUUUUUUUUUAUUUUUUAUUCGCGAUAUUGCGUUGAGAAAUUGGUAAGUGGGGAGGCAUAAUAUUUAAUAAAUUUAUUGUAAGAAGUGUGUUCUUCGAUAAACAUACCUUGUAUGAUCCGGAAAUUUUUUAGUUUUUUCGCAACACUCAAAUUGUGUGGACUAAAAAAUAUUUAUAAUUCAGCAUAUGCGGUUAUUGAGAAAUUUGAAAACAAAUAACAAUUUAAAUUUUAAAAAAACCUUCAAGACAUUUAAUGUGAAUAUUUAUUAAUUAAAUUAAAUCAGUGUCAGUGUCAACGAGGCAUGCGUUUAGUCAUCAAUUAAAUUAAUUCAAUUAUAAUUUUAAAAUAUACAAUUUAAGUAAAAGUGUUAUGAAGUUAAUUUUAUAGAAUUUUUUUUACAAAUUUAUAAUGAUGAUAAUAAUGGAACGAUGGUUGAUAUUUGGAGCUAUCACUUUGGUACUUGCAGUUAAUCAAGUUCAUGGAGUUCUAACUUCAACCCCACCAAAAUUAUCGAUUAAAAAUGCUACGGAUUUGAAGCAUAACUCGUCGUUGUUUGGCCAUGGCAGAAAUGCAACAGCUUUAUUUAAUUCUACAAUUCUUAAUAAAAAUUCUACAAUUGUUUCGGCUUGGUCAAAUUCCACUUCAGCAUCAAACUCUACAAUUUAUGGUGGCAACACUACUCUGUCUCGAAAUUUGACUGGAUCAAUAGCAGCUCAUAAUUCAACGAAAGGAUUGAAUUCAACUAUUUCUGGAAACAAUUCUACAUUGAGCAAUACUACUCUAUUAAGCAAUGCAUCAUUGACAUCAAAUUUAACAGCAAAUACAUCACAUAAUAAUUCCACAAGUUUAUCAAAUAAUUCUACGUUAUUGGCUUUGUUGAAAAAUUCGACUGUACCUUCAAAUUCUACAGGUUCAAUUAAUAACUCGACUUUGCUGUUAAAUUCAACUGCUGCAGCUCAUAAUAAUGCUACAUUAUUAUCCAGAAAUGUUACUGCUUCAUUGAAUUUAACUACAGCUAAUUCAACGAGUCACGCAAAUUCAACAGUUUUAUCUACAAAUAAAACGAGCUCAACUACAAUACGUCCUGGAAAUUUAACAAUUAUAGAAUUGAACCAUACAGCAUCAAUUUUGAAUUCAACUUUGAUGAAAAAUUUAACGAGUUCUGUAUCGAAUGGUAAUUCUACUGCUGGAUCUAAUUCUACAGCAUUUAAUGGAAAUUCUACAGCAAUUAAUUCAACUGCACAUGGAAUGAACUUGACAUCUGCAUCAAAUGCAACUGCACAGAAUUCAACGAUUCUCCCUAAUUCUACUGGAGUGAUUAAUUCUACUUUACAUUCUAAUGCAAAUUCUACAGCAAAUUCAACUCUGCAUUCUGCUGCAAAUUCUACUUUACAUUCUAUUUUAAAUUCAACCCUACAUUCUGCUGCAAAUUCAACUUGGAAUUCUACUGCAAAGUCAAAUUCAAAUUCUACUGCAAAUUCUACUGCAAAUUCUACUGCUAAUUCAAGUUCUAAUUCAACUUUAAAUUCAACAGCAAUUUCACAUCAAAAUUCUACCUUAAAUUCAACAUUACAUUCUACAGUCAACUCAACAAUAAAUUCUACAGUAAUUUCAACAAAUCUUACUGUCUCAAACUCAUCAGGGCCUAAUUUAAAAAAUUCAUCAGCAAUCAUAUCCAAUUCUUCUAUCGAUGCAAAUUCAAUAAAAUUAGCGAAAUAUUUUCAAAAUUCAACAACAAAAAUACCACCUAAAAAAAAAUAUCCAAAUUUUAAUUUUAUCGUAAAAGAUAAUGUCACUGGGAUACCAUGUUUGUUGGCAAACUUUUCAAUGACUUUGACAGCCAUUUAUUAUAAAACAGACCACACGGUUGCAACUCAUGCACUCCAAGUACCAGACACAGCAAUAACAACUGGUACAUGUGACGAAAAAAAUUCACAAAUGAUAAUAGCAUGGAAAGAAAUUGAUAACACAACAUUGAAAAAAAAAAAUGAUAAUACCACAAUGAUAACUGAUGAAUGGAAUAAAGUAUUUUUAAAUUUUAUAAAACAUGGCUCACAAGCAACUCUCAAUCAAAUUGGGGCAAUUAUUUUUCUAGAUAAAAAAAAUUUCCCUCAAGCAAUCGGUAAAACUGUAACAGGAAAUUCUACACAAGACUUGAAAUUAUUCGAAACAAAUAUUGAAAAAGGCAACUACAUCUGCGAUCUUACUAGAAAAAUUGAUGCAGGAAAUGUAUCAAUAACAAUUGGAAAAACAUCCCUAAUUGCAUUCAAUUCAAAUGAUGAUUUUUCAUCAAGAAAUGCGGAACUUUGUCCAACUCAAUCAGGAGCAAUAACCAAAGCAACUGGAAUGAGUAUCGGUGCAAUAGUCGGUUUAGUUGCUGGCAUUAUAUUGUUAAUUUGCGGUGGAGUUUUUUUAAUAACAGCAAAAGCAAAAACUGCAUUUUCAACAACUCAACUUCCUUAAAAUAAAAUUAACACUAAAAUCCAAAUUAACAUAAUUCAAUUAGAUUAUUUUCUUGUUAAUAUCUAUA